GUCGAAUUGUUGGAGGGUGGGGUAUAUAUGGGGGGAGGUUUGGCUUACUAUUUGCUCGAUGGUUGCCACUGUCGACUUUCGUAGUUUCGACAGGUCAGCAUCCUGAUCAGUCUAUACGGUGAUUAUAGUGAAUAAGUUUUAUUGAUAGUUUUUCAAAGUUUACACGACGAAGGUAAAGGUGUUCAUGUAAAAAGUUAUCAAGAGAUAUAAAUUAAAAGAAAAAAAAACAAUGUUGAAUCUUUGCCGUCAAGCAUUAAUAGUUAACAAUCAAAAAGUUAGUACAAGAUGUUUAGGGACAAUAAUACCAGUAUCAAAUACUAUUGAAUUUCCUUUGGAAAAUGAACCUAUUCUUAGUUAUAAGAAAGGCAGUCCAGAAAGGGCUGAAUUAGAGAAGGUUUUGGAUAAAAUGAGUAAUGAAUGUGAAGAAGUACCUUUGGUUAUUGGAAAUGAAGAAAUUAAAACAGAUUUAUGUAGAUAUCAAGUUAUGCCACACAAUCAUAAAGUAAAAAUUGCAAAAUAUUAUUGGGCAACAGCUGAUCUAGUCAAAAAAGCAAUAGAUGUUUCUGUAAAAGCUCAACGUGAAUGGGAAAAAUAUCCAUUUGAGAAACGUUUAGAAAUCUGGUUAAGAGCAGCUGAUUUGAUGGCAACAAAAUACAGACAGCAAUUAAAUGCUGCUACAAUGCUUGGGCAGAGCAAAACUGUUAUUCAAGCAGAAAUUGAUAGUGCAGCAGAAUUAAUUGAUUUUUUUAGAAUGCAUGGAUAUUUUGCUAAGGAAGCUAUGAAAUAUCAACCAAUUUCACCCAAUUCUAAAGAAACACUAAAUUCAAUGAGAUAUAGAGGAAUGGAUGGUUUUGUUGCAGCAGUAUCACCAUUCAACUUUACUGCCAUUGGUGGUAAUCUUAGCUAUACACCUGCUUUAAUGGGUAAUGCAGUAUUAUGGAAGCCAUCUGAUACAGCUUUACUUUCUAAUUGGUGGAUAUUUAAGAUAUGUAAAGAAGCUGGUGUACCACCAGGUGUAGUCAAUUUUAUUCCAUGUGAAGGUCCUGUUUUUGGAGAUACCAUAACUGCUUCACCUUAUUUAUCUGGAAUUAAUUUUACUGGAUCAGUUCCAACAUUUAAUCGUUUAUGGAUACAAGUUGGUAAAAAUUUAGGAAAGUAUAAAAACUAUCCUAAAUUAAUAGGCGAAUGUGGUGGCAAAAAUUAUCAUUUUGUGCAUGCAAGCGCUGAUGUGGAAUCAGUUGUUAAUGGGACCAUAAGAAGCGCUUUUGAAUUUAAUGGUCAAAAAUGUUCAGCUUGCAGUAGAAUGUACGUUCCAGAAUCAUUAUGGCCACAGAUAAAGGAAGGUCUUCUAUCGAUUCGUGACACGCUUAAAAUUGGCGAUGUCAGAGAUUUUACCGUGUUCACCGGAGCUGUUAUAGAUGCUAUCGCGUUUAAAAGAAUUUCUAGUUAUAUCGAACAUGCUAAAAAAUCAUCAAAUUUAGAAAUUAUUGGUGGUGGAAAAUAUGAUGAUUCGAUUGGAUAUUUUAUUGAUCCAACAAUAGUAGUCACAAAAAAUCCUAAAGAUAAGAUAAUGACUGAAGAAAUAUUUGGUCCUGUAUUAACAAUAUAUGUUUAUAAAGAUUCAAAUCUCGACGAAACGAUGAAAUUGGUAGAAUCAUCAACACCUUAUGCUUUAACUGGAUCGAUAUUUUCACAAGACGAAAAAUGGGCGAGAAGAGCUCUUGAGGAAUUUAAAUAUACAGCUGGUAAUUUUUACGUUAAUGAUAAAUCGACAGGUUCGGUUGUUGGCCAGCAACCAUUUGGUGGUAGUCGAAUGUCUGGAACAAAUGAUAAAGCUGGUGGUCCUCAUUAUGCCCUUCGUUGGGCAUCACCACAGUCAAUCAGAACAUUCGUUCCUUUACGUGAACACGAUUAUGCGUACAUGAGGUCUUAGAUGUAAGUAUCAUUGUAAUAACACAGAGAUGCAUAUAGUGAUGUUAUUACAUCACUAUAUUAUACAUUACAAACUGAAAAAUACAGAUUUUUUGGGUUGUUCAAUAAAAAAUAAUGAAAUAUCUUUAUGCAUUCCUUUACGUAAAUUCAUUGAAUUUACGUAUAAGGCGCUAAUUGCACUCACAAUGCAAGUGAUAUGGCUUUGUAGAAAUUUCUACUAUAAAGCGAACUGCUUAAACACGAAGUAAUUCAUGAUAAAGAUAGUCGAUUUACAGAAAAAAAGUAUUCAAUGAUUGGUAAUAUAUAUACCAAUUGAACAGUAUUUUUGUUUUUAAUAAAAUAUUUUUGUUUGUCAAUUUGGUAUUAGAUAGCGUACAAGAUAAAUGUAUACAAGAAAGAAUAAUAUUUGUAAACUACUUUUAAAGUAGUAUCUCAACAUACAUAUAAGUUUAAUUUAAUAUUUGCUGCCAAUAGAUAAAAUUAAUAUUCUGCAAGUUGCAGCAUAUAGAGUCUAUACUAUUAAGAUCAUGUUUCAGUACAAUAAUAUUUUAAUAUCUCAGGAAUUACUAUACGUGGUCGUAAACAGAGGCAUUUCUUUUGAUCAUAUAUUGCAGUAAUACAUGAAAUUUUAUAAUACACAUUAUUCAAGUAUGGUAAUUGAGACACAACAUUUGGGGUGUGUUUGAGAAUUGUGAUGAAUGCGUACUAGUUAGAAAAACCAUUCGUUGUGUUUUUCUGACCUUACUUUUUUAUAUUCUUAUAUAGAUCAUUUACAAUGGCUAAUAUUAUGUUAUAAACGCGCAGCGUAAACAUUCAUUUUACUGUGUAACUUACAAGACAAUAUGUAGACGCGGGACGAACACAGUAAAAUGUAAAAGUUACCUUUAAAUUGUGUUGUCAAGCCUGAUCGUCGAUCGUUUGGGCAUGUUAUUGUUAACAGUGUGAUUGAGACAAAACAUCUUGUAAAUCGAACAAUGAAUACUAAUUAAUUAUACAAUAAUAUGUUAGAUGUUGUGGCUGAUGUUAUGAUGUAAUUUAUUUUAAGUGUACCAUAGCAAUAAAAUACUAUACAAUUAAA